UCCAAACGGUCGGUGAGGGUGAGAAGAAAGCGGUGUGGCCCACGGGACUGAAGCGGCUGCACAGGUGUUUUUCCUCGUUAGAAACCAAACAGUAAGUUCUGUUAUGUGACCUGCUGGAGUCCAGUAACAGAUAGCCUUAGCAUUAUAGGCCGUUUAAAAACAUAGACCGCCUUUCCAUUAUUCAUAAGAAGGGCACAUGUUGUUGGCUAUCUGUGUCAUUGUAUGGUGUUGGGGAUUGUUGAGUCGCAGACCGAUGCUGCGUCGCCAGGGCAAGCAGAAAGGCCGCUUUUGCGUCUUGUUCAGUGACCUGAAGGUUUUCCUACUCAGGCCACCGCCACCGUCGGCAUCGCCACCUGCUUUCACACCCAUGAACGAACUAAACGCGGAGGGCAAUGCGACGAGCAGCGCCACAGAGAGCCACUCUUUAGCCAACGGACAUUACCAGCCGGUAACAGGUGAGGGAUUGGACACCCGAGGGCCCGGAGACUGGACUCAUAGCGCAGUGGAUCCGCCGAGGACUCUGGACUGUUGCAGCUCAUCUGAGGAUUGCUCUAAGGAGAAGCUGGACGAGAGGUUAUCUCUGAACAGCUGCACGGACAGUGGAGUCAGGACUCCGUUAUGUCGGAUCUGUUUUCAGGGCCCAGAGCAGGGGGAGCUGCUGAGCCCGUGUCGUUGUAGUGGUUCUGUACGCUGCACUCAUGAGCCCUGUCUUAUUAAGUGGAUUAGUGAGAGAGGAUCCUGGAGCUGUGAACUCUGCUACUACAAAUACCAGGUCAUCGCCAUCAGCACCAAGAACCCGCUACAGUGGCAGGCCAUCUCGUUGACAGUGAUAGAGAAAGUACAGAUAGCUGCAGCUGUUCUGGGUUCACUGUUCCUGAUAGCCAGUAUCUCCUGGCUGGUCUGGUCCUCCCUCAGCCCCUCGGCCAAGUGGCAACGCCAGGACCUGCUCUUCCAGAUCUGUUACGCCAUGUAUGGCUUCAUGGACCUGGUGUGCAUCGCUCUAAUUGUCCACGAAGGUCCCUCCGUAUUUCGCAUCUUUAACCGUUGGCAGGCUGUUAAUCAGCAGUGGAAAGUCUUAAACUAUGACAAGGUGAAAGACAAUGAGGAGCAUCAGAAGACCGGUGCCACAUUCCGAACCCUCUCUCUGCCGCUGACGCAACGAAUGGAGCCGACCGGCACGGAAGGUGAAGCUUCCACCUCCACGUCCUCCCUUAUGGCUGCAGUUGCAGCAGCCGCAGUGACCACCGCAACCCCCAGCACAAACUCUGUCCCGUUGGCAGCAAGUGCCAUGACAGACCCGCAGGACUCAUCUGAGCCCAGCAAUGGGCAGCCCUCACUGCCAGACCACCACUGUUCUUAUAACAUCCUUCAUCUCCUUAGCCACCACCUGAGGCCCCAAGAGCCACGCGGACAGACCAGCAGCAGCAACCGCGAACUGGUCAUGAGAGUCACCACAGUGUGAGGCCUUUGGUGAAGUCCAGUUUACGGUUGAAUCUCUGCAUGCAACGUAUUUAAAAGAAAGGAUUCACUGAGGAGAAUUAAACUGUUACCCGACGACCCAGUACAGUGCUGUCCGAGUUUAAGCCGUUUUUUUUUUUACAGUAUUGAAUAAAUCAAGGAAACAGUUUCUCUCACAGUGGCUACAGGAAAGAUUAUGGCCAUAAAGCUUCCUAUGUGAGCAAAUGAGAAAGGUCAAAGGUCAGUGGGGUGGAGUCUCUGAGUGUAUUGUCAGCUCAAGGUCACAGUCAAAGCUGUGACCGUUCUGAAGCACAACCUUAAUGCAAUCCAGUUUCUACACUGACAGCCACUGCUGAACUAAAACAGCUCAGAGUGAAGAACAAACGUGUUUGUAUGUAAAACACAAACAUUUUACGAUUACUACGUUGUAUUUUCAGAUAAAAUCCUAUUAUUAAUGUCACUUGCAGCAUUGAGCAAGUCUAAAUCUGUAAAAAAUGGGGUACUGAAGGAUCAAACUGUUGUGUUUACACACGCAGGCAGAACAUUUUUUAUCGAAAUCAAUCCUCUUUGUCUUCUCUCAGUCUUGUACAUCAAAUAACAGGAAACAACGUUACAAUGGACACAAGUUGCAGCAAUCAUACAUUUUCGAAACUACAAAAAAGUGGCCCAGUUUAUGGCAAAUUCUUGAUCAACUGACUUAUUUUGUUUACAUUUGUUAAAUUUGUGUCAGAAAAAAGGUUGCUACAUUAAAAAAAAAAAAAAGACAAA